AUAGCCAGCCACCAAGCAUCAGUCCUGCUAUAACUUUUUCUACUUUCUAUAUAUGUUGGUUGAGUAGUGUUUGCUUAUUUUUUCUAGUAUAUAGAAAGAACAGACAGAAGUAGAUAACCCAGAUUUUCAAUCCAAUACUAGUGGCAAGUAUCCAAUGCCAUGUAAAGCCGUUAAGAGUUAACAGUAUAUAAAACAAAGAUAACAUGUAGUGUCUCUCUCCCUCAUGCCAACUUGAAUAAAGAAGAGAGAACUGAAUUUUGAUUCUUCUGUGUUGUUAUUCGAUUCAAGGCUUUCUCCAAUGGAGCCUGAACGAAUUGGGUUUGAGAAAAAGGUGUUGGAGAUUAUGGGGAGCAGAAAGAGAUCAAAGUUGGCAGAGAAAAGCUGGAAUGAAUCAAAGAAGAUGUGGCAUAUAGCAGGGCCUGCAAUUUUAACUGCAGUUUCUCAAUUCUCUAUUGGAUUCGUGACGGCGGCUUUCGUCGGCCAUCUUGGGCAAGUUGAGCUUGCUGCUAUCUCUGUUGUUCAGAAUGUCAUUGAAGGUUUCAUAUAUGGUGUCAUGCUAGGAAUGGGAAGUGCUUUAGAGACACUCUGUGGUCAAGCUGUUGGUGCUGGACAAAUUAACAUGCUUGGAGUCUAUCUGCAAAGAUCAUGGAUCAUAACUGGAGUCACAGCAUUACUUCUAACCCCUCUUUAUGUUUAUGCAUCACCCAUAUUAAAGCUACUUCAUCAGAGUAACAAUAUAUCAGAGCUUGCAGGAAGGUACUCAACAUGGGUGAUCCCUCAAUUGUUUGCUCUUGCCUUCAACUUCCCUAUACAGAAGUUCUUCCAAUCUCAAGGUCGAGUUUGGGUGAUGACAAUUAUUUCCAUUGUUGUUUUGGCAUUUCAUGUCUUACUGAACUGGGUUCUUGUGACAAAACUUGGGCACGGAAUGGCUGGGGCUGCCAUAGCUGCAAACAUUUCAUGGUGGUUGAUUGUUUUGGCUCAGAUAGUAUAUGUGGUUUCUGGGUACUUUCCAGAUGCAUGGACUGGCUUUUCCUUAUCUGCAUUCCAUCACUUGGCAGCCUUUGUGAAACUAUCUCUAGCCUCAGCCAUAAUGCUAUGCUUGGAGCUCUGGUAUUACACAGCAGUUAUCCUUCUGGUUGGCAGCUUAAAAAAUCCAGAUAUUGCAGUAGAUGCUGUUUCUAUCUGCAUGAACUUGCAACAAUGGACAUUGAUGAUUGCUUUGGGAUUCAAUGCUGCAGUCAGUGUGCGAGUCUCCAAUGAACUUGGAGCAAAACACCCAAGAGCUGCAAAAUUCUCAGUAGUCGUGGCUGUAACAACAUCAGCAUUGUUUGGAAUUCUUUUUACAGCUGCCAUUCUGGCCACCAAGAGUGACUUCCCCCAACUGUUCACAGAAAAACCCGUGGUCAUAAGGGAGACCUCCAAGCUUGCGUACCUUCUAGCAGCGACCAUUCUCCUUAGCAACAUCCAACCUGUUCUCCAUGGGGUUGCAGUAGGUGCAGGUUGGCAGUCAUUAAUGGCCUUCAUAAACAUUGGAUGCUACUACAUUUUUGGGCUUCCCGUCGGUGCCUUACUGGGUUACAAGUUCGACUUCGGAGUUCAGGGCAUAUGGUCAGGGAUGUUAGUGGGCAGUCUGCUUCAAACAGUUAUUUUGUUGUUCAUCUUGUUUCGAGCCAACUGGGAUAAAGAGGCUUUGCAAGCUGAGCAGCGUGUCCAAACAUGGGGUGGCCCGUCAGAACCUCAAGCGAAUGGAUGAGAGUCAUCAAUUGAGGAUAAAAUCCCAGAAAGUUGGCAGGAAAGCAUGGAGAACAAGUACAGAAACAAACCUGAAACAACUGUUGUACAUAAAAGAAUGCAAAAGGUGGGAAAAGUUAUGUUACAAGAGAACAUGAGCUUGUGUUAGAAACCAAGGACACAAGUUGAACAUGUUGGACUUGGAAAACCCUAAAGAAUAUGAUUCUGAGGGAAAUAUUUAAGAGCCCUAAGUUGUUUUAGUCAAACAAGUAAUUUAAUUUAAUGAAUGUUCAGUUUUAGGUCUCAGAUUGUAUCUGAUCUUUCCUUUUUGUUCAAGUAAUUCUAGCAUAGUAUAAUAGUUUUUUUGAUAAGUUAGCAUGGUAUAAGAGAUUGGUGUGGCUCACUUCGAUGACAAAUCAGUUUGCUUUCCAAGUAAGGGAAGGCAAAAAUUAAAAGAAAAUUGCUAUAAGAAGCUUUUGUUAAUCCAGUAUCCACCUUUAUAUGAAUUCACUCAAUGGGUGGAAUAUGCAUGGGUUGUUCACUUUGACAAAAACUUCAUUACCAGAUUGAAGAGUUUCUCCCCAUUGGGUAAUCAGACCACACAUGAUGAAACCUCCUUGUUAUACAGACAGACCUCCUACCUUAGCACCAGAGUUUCCUAGGAGAACCAACUCUCCUUUUUCAUCCUUUUGAUCUCUCCUCUGAAGUUCAAUAUCAAUCAUAGGCACACUUAGGUG